CCCUCCCCCCGCUCUGAGGCGAGGGGCUGCCCGCCAGCGGCGCCGGGGCUACACAAAGCGGCGGGUGGCGGCGCCUUUCCCGCCGCCCGUGAGGCGGCAGCCUCCCUUGCCUCCGCCCCGCCGCUGCGCUCCAGGCUGGCCGGGAGGUGCGGGGCAGCCCCGCGGCGCUGACGAUGGAUCCGCCGGUGCCGUCGCCUCAGGAGCAGCCGCCGCGCCCUCGCUCCCACACGGUCACCACCACCAGCAGCUCCUUCACCGCUAACCUGUCGGCCAGCUCCAGUACCCUCGCCUACGACAGGGAGUUCCUGCGGACCCUGCCCGGGCUCCUCAUGGUGACCGAGAUCGUAUUGGGGCUGCUGGUGUGGACCCUGAUUGCUGGAACAGAAUAUUUCCUAUAUCCAGCCUUCGGCUGGGUGAUGUUUGUAGCUGUGUUUUACUGGGUUCUCACCGUCUUCUUUCUGAUCAUCUACAUGACAAUGACCUACACGAGGAUCCCCCAGGUGCCAUGGACCACAGUGGGUCUGUGUUUUAAUGGAAGUGCCUUUAUUUUGUACCUCAUUGCUGCCAUUGUAGAUGCAUCUUCAGUUACUAAAGAACUGGACAGUCACAAUUACAACAGCUGGGCAGCUUCUUCAUUCUUUGCCUUCGUGGUUACCUCCUGCUAUGCUGGAAAUACGUACUUUAGCUUUGUAUCUUGGCGAUCACGAACUUUGCAGUAAAUAUUUUGUUAAAAUCAAUUCUACAGUAUAAAAUAUCUUGAGGAUUGUAUUCUUUUGACAAAAACUUGGAAGAGGGUGAACAUUUCAGUUAGAAUUGACAUUUUGAGAUUAAAAUUAUUAUUUAUAAUAUCUUUAGAGACAUCUAACACAGACUUUGUACUAUAAUAAAAUUUCAUACUGUUUUUAAAAUUAACAUGGUAUUUUUCUAGACAGUGUAUAGAUGUUAUUACUAAAGCUUUAAUAAAUCUUACUCAGACAAUGUGCCAAUUUUGUAAAUGUAACUUUUUAAGUGUUACAGAUAUACUUUUGAUACUGAAUGCUAGAAAUCAAAACUAAGAUUGAUACUGUCUCUUUCUUAUGUAUAAAAAGUGACAUUAUGCAACAAAAAACCCCACACAAAACUUUAAAAAUAAAUAAACAAAUGACCUAACUG